AUGUCUCAGGAGAAUAUCGACAUGGCCAAUCUCUCACUGAAUAAUGCACCCGCAUCGCAAAAUGAAGCCGCCGACCAAUUCGUCGACAGCGUGUCAGCCGCCAUGCCUCCCAAUAUGCAGAGGAACCAGCAAAUGUCCGCCGACGAGAUCCUGAAGGAAAUGAAUCGCGUACCGUUGUUCAUGACCUCGCUGGACGAGACGGACGGCGACGGUGGCGACAAUACGAUGUUGGAAGCCAUCAAGGCACUGGCGUAUGAAGGCACCCGAGCGGAAGUCGCUGAGAACUUUCGCCAGCAGGGGAAUGAGGCAGCGCGCGCGAAGUUGUGGAAGGAUGCUCGCGAGUUUUAUACGAAGGGCAUUCAGGCGUUGCGGGGACAGGUCAAGACGACGGAGGCGGAAGAUGAUCAUUCUAUCAAAGUCGUCGAACUCGAUGAAGAAGCCGAAGCGAAAAAGGAGCGUUCCAUCGACGAGGCCUGUCUCUCGAACCGAGCGCUCUGCAACCUCGAGAUGAAAAACUACGGCUCCUGCAACAGAGACUGCGCCGCGGCCCUGAGCAUUAACCCACGAAACCUCAAAGCCUGGUACCGCGCAGCAUCCGCCUGCCUCGCGCUCGACAAGCUCCCGGAAGCCCUAGAUGCCUGCGCGUCCGGCCUGCAAUUUGACGCAAGCAACGCUGCGCUGCGCACCCUGGAAACCUCCAUCUCCGCCCGCAGGGAUCAGCUGGCGGCGCUCGAGACCGCGCGACGGGAGCGCGAGGAGCGCGUCCGGAGCGAGGCUGCGACGCUUCGCAAGGCGCUGCGGGAUCGGGAGGUCGUCGUGAGGGAGACGGCGAACCCGCCUGAGAUGGAGGAUGCGAGGAUUCAGCUGGAGGAUCCCCAGGAGGCGGGGAGUGAGGUGAGGUUCCCUGUGUUGUUUCUGUAUCCUUUGCAUGCGCAGACGGAUUUCAUCAAGGCGGUGGGGGAGGGGGAGAGUGUGUUGCAGCAUUUGGAGUAUAUUCUGCCGCUGCCGUGGGAUGAGAAGGGGGAGUAUCGCGUGGAGGAUGUGGAGUGUUAUAUGGAGACGAGUGCUGGGGGGUUGAUCAAGGCAGGGAAGAAGUUGGCGUUGGUGAAGUUGUUGGGGAGUGGCAAGGUGGAGGUCGUGGAUGGGUUGGUGAGGAUUUAUGUCGUGCCGAAGGCGAGAGCGGCGGAGUGGAUUGAGGAGUUUCAGAAGCGGAGGGGGAAGCAAUAG